AUGACAACAAACAGAUACAACCUACAUCCCACCAACAAACGCACCCAGGGAGCUCUCCUGACUCCUAAUCUCCCCAGUGCUAUGCCUGCUACCCCCGUUGACUCCCCCCCAAAUGUUACGGACAAUGACGACAACCCUGAGACAGCCGCUCCUGUAGUGGCUGGAUCGGAGACCUCCGUCCUCAGGACUGUUCGUUCCUAUAGUGACGUAGUCUGGGCAAGUAGCCCCUGGAUAAGGCCUCGUGCUGCCAGGGAGACAACCACUGAGCAGGUCUCAGUGGCUGAUGUUACCCCUGUGUAUAAUACAGAAUCAGUGGAAGACAUAAACGAGAUUUUGAAUGAAACCAUACCUCCUGCUCUCAGUGAAGCGGGUCCAGACUCCAAAAGCGAUGAGUCCGACGAUGACGAUCGUCCUUGGAUUGCGGUAAAGCAUAAGAGAAACCGUAAGGGAACCUCUUCAGGGGAAAACAAUAACGUGGAUGAGAGUUCACCCACAUUAACUCGAGAACAGCAAAGCCUCAUGAUGAACGCUGGCAGCCCCGACCAGCAGAUGGCGGGGCCCUCCAAAGGAAAGGCCACUGACCCCAGGGAAUGGGGGGCAGCGGACCUGGACGAGGAAGACCUUAAUGCAGAUGCCCAGCAUGUGGCGUUUGAAGCCUGGAAUGCUGCGAAAGCUGCUGCUGAGGACACCGACGCUGAUCAGGAAGUGACUUGUACCGACAAGCUGGUCGAUUCAGCAGUGAAUAACGAACUGUCUGAAGAUGAGAUUGAAAGACUCAUUCAGGAGAGAACGGUGGAGGCCGUGCGCAAGGCGGAGGCCAGAAUGCAGCGUAAAUACGAGAAGAAGAUUCAUGAACUGGCCAGAAGGGCAGAGCGCGAACCGCUGCAGAAGGAGGCUCUCGCCAAGGGCACGAAUAGCGCUUCUACGCGACUGAAACCAGUCAGAGCAAUGGUAGAAAGGACCAUUAAGCCCUCAUCCAAGGCCCGGGCGCCCAGCAAAGCUCCGCGGACCAUGCAACCCGUGCAUCAGGUGACGGCACAAAGCUACAUCGGGCAGGCCCUGAAGAGGGCAAAGUCGGACAGGAAGAAGGGCAAAGUCCCAUCAGAUCCAUCUGACGAUAGCUCUGAUAGUAGCGAUGAGGACUCUGACGAAACGAUGACGUCUGAGUCCUCGACUGAGUCCUCCAGCAGCUCAGACACUGAUGGGUCGCGAAGAUGA